AAGCAUCCCUCUCAAGCACAGAAGAGGAUGGCAGCAUUUUAGCCUCCGUAACUGCAGAGAAUGCACCUUCAGACCAUGCAACGCAGAGUGAAGAACACCUGGAUGAUAAUGUGGAAAGGUUAACCAAGAAACUGGAAGAGAGACGAGAGAACACAAAGAGAGGAGAAGAAGAGAAUGAGAUUAAGAAGGAAAUGGAACGGCGGAAGAUGGGGAAAGACGUGCUGGACUUAAAGAGGCAACAGGAAGAGGAGAAGACCAAGCGACUCCUGAAGGAAAGGAACAGGGAAAAGGCUGAGGGGAAGGCAGCCAGGGAGCGGGUCAGACAGCAGAUUGCCUUGGACCGAGCUGACAGAGCAGCCCGCUAUGCCAAAACCCAGGAGGAGGAGAAGAGCACCAAGCAGAGCCUCCUGCAGGCCCAGCAGGCAGAGCAGGAUGCCAGGAAGGAGGCCUUCGUCAGGGAGAGGAGGUAAAGAGAUGGAGACAAACCACAAACUUUAAAC